ACCAGUGAAGCACCUAGUAGGACAUCAGCUGCUCCACAAACUUGCGGCUAUUGACCUCUCAUUUUUUCCUUUAUUGCAUAUAGCCAAGAAUGUGCAUGGGUUGCUCAAAGUGAAAAUGAGGUUACUGGUAAAAUCACACAAGUUCAGGCAGAUGUUGAGGAUUGAUUGUACUUAAUUGAUUGUAUUGAUUGAUUCACUGAUUGAGGCAAAACUCUUAGCAAGGAUUUGUAAUACCUAGCAAAGAAUGCACCUCAAAAAUUAUCAUAUAAUGGAUUAGAGCAGCAGGUCAUAACUCACUAGCUCAAGGGGUGGAAGUAGCCCAGAAUUGUUCAUUUACAAGCUCACCUGAGAUUUGCCAGCCUACCACAAUACUUUUCUCAGCCCAUUUUCUGCUAUGUUGGAAAAUGGGACAUUUUCCACUUGCUCGGGGUCUGAGAGGCUAUGAGUGUGACUGCCUGAACAGCAGACUAAUGAGUGCCCAGUGAUGUCACUUGGCCAAGGAUUCCAAAGGAAAUCACUGCAUCUCCACCAUGGCCUCUGUUUACCCUGGGUGACCUCUUAACCACUUUUGCCAUCCCUUCCCUCAGAGGGAGGGAGCUUAUUCCUCCAACCUGUUGCUUCAGCUGUUAUUGCCUCUGCCUUCAUUACCAUGAUCCAGUUUUUGCUUAGAUUUAUACUUGGCAAUGUGGUUGGAAUGUAUCUGACUCAAAACUAUGAAAAUAUGAACUCGACCCAAAAGCUUGAAGAUAUUAAAAAAAAAAAAGAUAUAGAUGCCAAAGAGAAACCACCUAGGCCUUAAUACCCACAUCCAGUAAUAUUAUCUGGACAAUUUCCUGAUAGAAACAAAAGCUCCUAUUCUCCAGGACUAGAUGGCUUUCUUCAUGCUGGGAUACACUGAUUUGCCUUUGAGCUAAAAUGUACCACAAUACCCAAACUACCCUUUAUUUCUACCCCAUCUCCCCUGCCUUAUAUCUGCAUGGGACAUUCUGAUACUUGAAUCAAGCUGCUUGACUAGGAAAUGCUCAUGUUGAUUAGUGGUCUCUCCCAUUCAUUACCUUUUAAAUUGCCAAUUUCUAGUAAUUUUCCUAUAACCUGACCAUAGGUUAUAGAACCUGCCAGGAUCAG